GGCCGCCCAAGUGCCGGGAGCGCGCGGCCCGCUCUGUCGCCUGCGGGGCUGCCCGAGGGGCGGGAGCGAGCGGCCUGCCCGAGCAAGUUGGGACCGCGUUUGAAAGUGCUGCUCCUUCGCGGGAGGGUUUCGGAGGAGUACUCCCCCAGCUGUAAGAGGCGCCGCACCGUUGAGGACUUCAACAAAUUCUGCACCUUCGUCUUGGCAUAUGCUGGCUACAUCCCCUACCCGAAGGAGGAGCUCCCCUUGAGGAGCAGCCCCAGCCCGGCCAACAGCACUGCGGGCACCAUCGACAGUGACGGCUGGGACGCGGGCUUCUCUGACAUCACCUCUUCUGUGCCCUUGCCGGUGUCGGACCGCUGCUUCAGUCACCUGCAGCCUUCCCUCCUGCAGCGGGCAAAGCCCAGUGACUUCCUGCUGGACAGGAAGAAGACAGACAAGCUGAAGAAGAAGAAGAAGAGGAAGCGGAGGGACGACGACAUUCCUGUGAAGGAGGGGUACAGAGGGGAUUUGCUGAACCUGGGAGCUGCAGACCCAUACGCAGAGACCCCCACCAGUCCCACCAUACAGGAUAUUCCCCAGGCCUCUGCUGACCCCUGCUCAGGCUGGGACUCUGACACUCCCUCAAGUGGCUCUUGUGCUACUGUGUCGCCUGAUCAGGUUAAAGAAAUAAAAACUGAAGGGAAACGGACUAUUGUCCGGCAGGGGAAGCAGGUGGUGUUCCGGGAUGAAGACAGCACUGGCAACGAUGAGGAUAUCAUGGUAGACUCAGAUGAUGAUUCCUGGGAUCUUGUCACCUGUUUCUGCAUGAAGCCUUUUGCUGGUCGCCCCAUGAUAGAGUGUAACGAGUGCCACACCUGGAUCCACCUGUCCUGUGCGAAGAUCCGCAAGUCCAAUGUUCCGGAAGUGUUUGUCUGCCAAAAGUGCCGGGACUCCAAGUUCGAUAUCCGACGUUCCAAUCGUUCCCGAAUGGGCUCCCGGAAGCUGUUUCUGGACUGAUUUGGAGCUGGCCAGGAGAUAGGCGGGACUGGAAGGGCCUGGGCUCUGUGGCUUCCCUUAGUUGAGCACAGAACUCCCGGCUCUGGUGCGGGCAGACCCUGCCACUCAGGUGCCUAAGCAAAGGACUAGUUGUCCAGAUAAAACUGUACAUAGCCAGUGAGCAGAUAAAAUGGUGGCCAAAGCUGCUGCUCCAGCUGUGUUCUCUGUACCGGAGACAGACUGAGCACCAGGUCUCCUUGAGCUGAGUGCGGGCACAGGAUCGUUAGCCAGUUCCCACCGUUGGGAGCCGUGCUAGUCGGCAGUCCUGUCUGUGCUCGGGAGUGGAGUUGUUCUGUUUCCCUGGCCUGUGUUUAUUCUCCAGUGUUGGUCUAUUAUCACAAGUGUCUAUACAGCAGCCGUCCAAGUUGUCUGCCCCUUUGUGAUCUCAUUGUCCCUGCCUUAGUUGUACUUACUGGGCUAGGGAGUUGCUUCCUUAGAGGUCUGGUGUCCCCAAGAGGAGCCCUUGGUGGUGGGUGAGCGGUGAGUCUUUGAUUUUCACUGUUUGUUUGAAGGGACAGUAUGUACCCACUUCUCCACAGAGCAGAGUUGUGGGUGGAGGUUGUCCUGUGUUCAUAACUAAGUUCUUGUUUUGCACGAUGUAAAAAAACCAUUUUUUCGCACGAUACAGCCCAAAGUAUUUGCCAGUGUCUUCCUACUUGCCCUUUGUCUGCCGUUGGUGGUCUGUGCCCCAGGGUGCCUAGCACCACCCUCUGUGGAAUCACUUGAUUUCUCUGUUCCUCAUCUGCUCCAGUAGCAGCCCCCAGAUGACGCUGUCCUCAGGACCUAUGAGCUGUUCGUUUAGAUGAUGGUUAGAAAGAAUCCAAGGGCGUCCUGCAGGGACUGCCCUCCGUGCACACAGACUGGCCUGCUGGGUUCCUGGGGCAAGGCGCGAGUUUGGAUUAGUGCUGUAACAUCAGCUUGCAACAGUGUGCAGAGUUGGAAAGGUGUGACCCAGAGCUCUGGUCUGGGUGAGGGCUGCCCCACACCUGGACACUGGUGGUCUUAGGGCUGGAACAGAGAGGGAGCGCUGUGACUCUCAAGGGCCCUUGUUGUUCAGCACUUCCGAUGCUUGUUCUCGGCAGUGUUUGGCAAAGCAGUGGGUGUAUUUCUUAAGUAUUGUUUCUUGUUAGGCAUGAGACAGGGAAGAGUACCCAAGUAGGUCCCGUUUCUUCCCCCUGUGUAACACCUUUGCAGGGUCACCAGACUUUCAUUCCUCCACAAUAUCUUAAACACCAAAGGAGCUCAAACUGUAACUUGGCUAGUCAGAGCCCUUCUUGGGGGAGGGAAAGGAGUGGGUCUCAGUAUCUCUCACGCUUGUCCAGUUUAAGUAACUGUCUUAGUUUUUUGUUUGUUUUUAAAAGUCCUGUUGCUCAUAUUAAAGUACAGAGAAAUACUCAUUGCUGAAGCUCAGUUGGUCGCGCAGAUCUCAAGGGAGAACUCUGCUAUAGUGAAGGAGCUAUUGUCUGGCUCUGACUGGAGUGAAUACCCAGGACAAGUUAGAGGAAUUUGCCAAAGACCUGCCCCAUGACAGUACUUGUCCAGUGUCCUCACCCUGAGAAAAACCAAAGUUCCAGUAGGUGUUUUUCGUUUUUUUUUUUUAAGUGCAUUUGAGAAUACGUGGUUUUGUUGUGGUUUGGUGUGGAAGGCCAUUGUUUGUGCUCAGAGAUUUGAUAGCUCUGGGAUACAGUGACACUCAUCUCAAUUUGUUUGCUUGCUUUGUGUUUUUAAGGGGAGCUUUCCCUGUGGGUGGUUUGGGUGUAGAUUGAGCUGGGCAGCUGUCAUUAGCUUCUUUAUGCAAACUGGGCAUGACCCUUCUAGGGCCUCCUGGUUGAUGCUAGUGAUGUGAGGGGAGGGAAAGGUAUCACCUCCAAAGUAGACCCCUCCCAUUGGCUUUGGCCAGACCAGACACAACAUCGUUUACAUGGUUCUGUGUAAUUAUAAAGUUUAUGUGUAUAAAGCAAGCUGUUUCUGUGAAACUGUAUAUUUUGUAAAUAAAGAUAUUGCUACUUUGA